AUGCCUUCCUCAAGUAGGUCCUCGCUGUCCAUGGAUACUCCUCUGUUGAACAUCGCCAUGCUGCUGCUGUUCCAGGCCACGAAUGGGGAAGAACAUGAAGCCCACAGUUGCAGGCUUCAUUACCAGCCUGCAGCUGGUAACAAUGAAGCCGAUGAUGGCGAUGAUGAUGACGAUGGUGGGGAUUUCGAUUUCGCCCCUGCUGCGUGA